AUGUACGACCGGGCUCCGCGGGCGCUCACUCGGCCCGCGGGCGGCACCGAGGCUCAUGUGGGGCCCGGCUCCUACCAGCUGCAGCCCGGGAAACAGCAGAAAGCAGAUGGCUAUGCUCCAUUUCUUUCUUUGACAACUCGAGACUCUGCAUUUACUAUUCCAAAUGCUGAGAUUGAUGUUCCAGGACCAGGACACUAUGAUAUUUCCAAAGUACAGAAUAAUAUAAAAGGUGGUAAGAGUCCACAGAACAAAGAAAAACGUUUCAAAGAGAUCAGUACAGACACUCCAGGACCUGGAAGCUAUAACCAACCUCCUGCUGUGGGGUUAGAGAUUAAUAACAGGAAGCAGAAAGAGCCUAAAGAACAUAGUCAACUGAGGGCUGCUGGCAGUAUAAAAGUCUACCGAAAAGUGGAUGGUCCCUCUAUCCCUUCUCCAGGCCAAGCAUUUGGGUAUGAAGAAGCUGAGGAUGGCAUUCUUAUUAAACAAUACCCACCUCAAAGAGAUGUGACAUUGGGCCCAGCAUACUAUCAACCAGUAAUAAAUGGUGCAUAUUCUGCCAUGAAGUAUAAAGGAGUACAUUUUGGUAAUUUAACAGGAAAACGUAGUGAAUUUAAGGCUCAAGCAGGGCCUGGACCUGGGGAGUAUGACAUAACUCAGGAAAGUGCACUGCAUUAUUGGAAUGUCAACAUCAAAAAGGAAGACAAGAAAAAAUAUGAACCCUAUGUCCCACGGUAUCAUGAAGUAAUAGUAUUACAGGAAGAAAAGAAGGGUGUUCCAGGACCUGGACAAUAUGAAAUAAAAAGUCAGUUUCAGAAGGUGGAGAAUAUAUCACAAAAUGGAAAUGAAGUUCCACGUGCUCCUUUUCUUUCACAGUCCAAACUGCGCUAUGUUGGCCUCUUGAAUGUUACUGGCAACAAGUUGAAUCAGCUCGUUUUGGAUCUGUGGACUGAGGUGUUUACUGAGGGUCCAGCUUUCUAUAACAUUCUCAACUAUAGUAUUGAAAGAGAGAAUUUUAAAAAAGCUUACUUGGAGUGUACAAAGAAAGGAGCAUUUGGAUCUUCAACUCCUCGACCUCUAUAUGUUUUUAAGAGGGGAGCUUUCUGUACUCCUGGACCAGCUGAUUAUCAGGGCAAAAGGAGCACUGAAGAAUCACAUAAACAGCAUAAGCAAUUAUCUGUUUUCUUGUCAUCAACAGAAAGAACUCCAGUAGUUGCCAUGGAAAUUCCACCACCAGGCUCCUAUGAGGUUCAAAAAUCAUUUGAGAAAUCACAUAGUAAAAGCCACUAUAUGCCUCCCCGAACCACACUGGCUAAAAGAAAGCAUACCUCUUUUCUCAGUGCAACACCUAGAAAAAAUGUACCCAAUACUGACAAAGAUGUACCAGGACCUGGGACGUACAAUCCUGUAGUGAAGUCAGCUUCCAGUAUUUCCCUAUUUGUUUCCAGAGUGGAGCGUUUUAAGGACGUGAAAGAGAUUACUCCCGGUCCAGGAGCUUAUGAGCUAAGCCCAUUGUUUAAAGACACUGUCCUGAAGAGAACAUUUAAUGCUACCUUACAGAAUCCUGUUGCAACUCAGAUGGACAACACUGUUUGCAAAUAUGAGGCAGUGCACCCAGGCACACUUUGUGUGUCUAUUUAA